AUGAACGUAAUGCAGCAAGGAAUUCGUGCCUCGAUAACACAGUUGAUUGAUCUGACAUGUUGGAACAAAUGGAAUUACCAAGGUAGGCGAGCUAUCUUGUCUGCUCGAUUCUAUGCCAGAGGAAGAAAAUCAUCCUCCAGUCGUUGGCUUCGUCGACAACGUGACGAUCCCUACGUUAAAAAGGCAAUGGAACUGGGUUACCGAUCUCGCAGCGCUUUUAAAUUAUUAGAAAUGGACAAGAAAUUUAAAAUAUUUAAAAAAGGCGAUAUCGUGAUUGAUAUUGGAGCUAGCCCUGGAUCAUGGACUCAAGUUGCUUUAGAUAAAACUGGAAAGAGGGGUCUUGUCAUGGCAGUAGAUAUACGUGGCAUGAAAUCAGUUGGUGAAGCCAUGAUUUUCGAUCAUAUGGACUUUGGCGUACCUAGCACGCAUACCUUCAUCCAAAACAUGCUCGUAAACUCAAAAGCAGAUGUAAUCAUGAGCGACAUGUCACCUAAUGUGGCAGGAUCACCUAAAUUCGAUCAUCAAGCAAUUAUGACGCAGGCUCUAUGUGCAUUAAAAUUUACAUUUGCUAACUUAGUUUAUAAUGGAACCUUUAUAUGCAAAAUGUUCCAUGGUUCUGAUGAAGGACUAUUUAAAGAUAUGCUAAAACAGAAUUAUCACAGAAUUAACGAAUUCAAACCUGCAGCUAGUCGCUCUGAAUCGAAUGAAUUCUAUUACAUAUGUCGUCAUCGUAAAUAUUAUAGAAAACCCUCGAAGGAAGAACGAGAAAAUGCUGAUUUAAUUUGGCAAUAUCCAAUAUGA